UCAAAGUAGUAUAAAUUCUAAAUCUUAUAUAUAAGUUUAACAAAUAGUCAUGGGGGAAUUGUUCACAGGGAUGUUCAAAGUAUACAUUUAACAUUAAAGUUUUAAGUUUUUGCCCAACUUUUGGUGAUGGUGCUAAAGUAGGAAAUUGGUUUGUAAAUAUAAUGUCUAAUUCAAAAAUAUAUUGGUAAAAAUUACAAUCUGGAGUCAUUAAUGAUGAAAACAUAGAUAUAGAGCUGUGUUGAUGUGAUUUGAAGUGUGUGAAAAAAAGUUCAUCAGAUAACUUUGUGGUAGUUCUGCCAUAUCUUAUGCACGUUUCACAAGAAUGCAUGUUAUAACACUUCAUUAUUAAAUAACCACAUAUAUAUGUAAAAGCAUUUCUUUCUGGCAAUUCUAAUGAUCUGUAAUUGGUUGCAUCAAUGGGUAAUGGAUUAAUUUGAAUUACCUUUUGGUUUUCAGGGAAUACUGUUUUUAAAUCUUCAGCUGGUAUUUUAUUUAAAUUACUCAGUACUUGGUCUAUGUCUUCCAAACAAUUUGCACCUUCAUUAUAUUCAAAAUAAAAAAUUUCAAGGAAGAGGGGUUAUACAAAUCUUAUUAAGUGGUAAUAUGCAGUGACCUUUUUUUUUUAAAAAUUGGCGGGCUGAUCUCGAGCAAUGCAUUUCGAUGUUAAAAGUGUUCGUAACAUCAUGUCUUACCGCCAAGCUUACAACAUCAUUCUUGUCGCUCCGAAAUGAAGAAAAUAAAAGUGGAGGGUAUGAUGCUGGAAACCACAGAGGUGCGUAAAAUGGACGCAACGCUUAAAUUUGAAUUGGUAAAUUUAUUAGAUAUUAAUGAUGGCUGGAAAUUACUCAUGGCCGCUGUAACUAUUGACUGUGAUCCAACCAAAAGUCGGAAAUAUACUUUUGAUCACUUGAAAUUAAUAGAAAUGGCAAGCCAAACACAACGGCGAUCUUGUAGUGAGAUAUUUUUAGAAGAAUGGGGAACUAGUGGUCAUAUUAGGCCUAAUCUCAAGAUUCUUAUGGAUCUAUUGUUUGAAUUAAAAUUAAUACGAGCUGCUGAGUGUAUAGCUUCUAAAAUAAUAAGUGAUAAAACUAUUGGCAAGUUGGAAACAUCUAUGAACCUUCUAGAGGUUGAUGAAUACACAAAUAAUGAUAAUAGUGAAGACUGCAAAUCUACUUUGUUUGCUCAUCAGCUAAAGACCAGAUCAAUUUUAAAUGAUGACGAAUGUAAUGCAAGGUUUAACAAAAUUAAGUUACCUUAUAAAUAUUUAUCUAAUGCUACAAAUGGAUUUUCGGAUUCGUGUUUAAUCGGAGCUGGUGGAUUUGGAAAAGUAUUCAAAGCAAAAUUAAUUAACCAAAUAGUGGCAAUAAAACUUAUGGAAAAGAUAAUUGAAGAAAAAGAUUUUAAACAGUAUUUAAAUGAGAUUGAUAUUGUUUUAAAAUUUAAACAUGAUAAUUUAUUACCAUUAAUAGCAAUUUCAUAUGAUGAACAGCCAUGUGUUGUUUAUAGAUUUAUGGAGAAUGGUUCAUUGCUUGAUUGCAUUGCAUGUAAAAAUAGAUCAUCUAUAUUAGAUUGGAAACGAAGGAUAAAAAUUGGGACAGAUGUAGCCAGUGGACUAGUUUACUUACAUACAGCAUUUGAAACACCUUUUAUACAUCGAGAUAUUAAAUCUGCUAAUAUACUUUUAGAUGAUAAAUUUAUUGCCAAAAUUGGAGACUUUGGCUUGACUCGUAUUGGAGAUCACACAAUGACAUCUGUAGUAUUAGGAACAUCUGCAUAUAUGUCACCUGAGGCAUUUAGAGGUGAUAUUUCUAUGAAAAUAGACGUUUUCAGCUUUGGAGUUGUAUUAUUAGAGUUAUUAACAGGAUUACCACCAUACGAUGAAUGUCGGACUGGUUGUGACUUGUUGACUCAUAUAAGUGAAAUUGAAUGUCCUAUUGAAGAAUUAUCAGACAAGCGUGCCGGAAAUUGGAACGACAGUAUUGCUAUAAAAAUAUAUGACUUGGCAAAUCUUUGUACAGCUACUAAAACCCGAAGACCAUUUAUGCAUGGUCAAGAAGGUGUUUUUGAAUUUCUUAAAAAUAUUCAAUCCGAAAUUGAUGUAUAAUAUCAUGAAAAUUAAUAAUUUUAUAAUU